CGGAAACGGAUUAAUACAUCCAUUGUGUAAACUACAGCGAGGAUUACAGUUCUGUGGGGAGUUGAAACCAAACUCGUCCUCGUCUCACCUCUGUGCGGCUCUCCGGUCUUCUCUGUGAACCGUCGCCACAUUAACACGCCAGGAACCGGCGUGGUGAACAGAAACCGGCCAGAAACGGCGGUGGUGAAGUCAUGUUCAGACUCCUCAGUCACCACGGUAAGAUGACGCGGAGCUGCCUGGCAGCCCAGCGGCGCUAUGAGCACAGCGUCAUGGCCAUCCGCCGCGAGGACAUCAACCCCUGGGAGAGGAGGGCGCCGCUGGCCCCCAAACACGUCAAAGAGCUGACCAACGCCGGCGUCAAAGUCCUGGUCCAACCGUCCAACCGCAGAGCCAUCCACGAGAAGUACUACAUGAGGGCCGGGGCCGUCAUUCAGGAGGACCUUUCGGAGGCGUCUCUGAUAAUUGGGGUGAAGAGGCCGCCGGAGGAGAAGAUCAUUCCCAGGAAGACGUACGCGUUUUUCUCCCACACCAUCAAGGCUCAGGAGGCCAACAUGGCGCUCCUGGAGGACCUGCUGAAGAAGGAGGUUCGUCUGAUCGACUACGAGAAGAUGGUCGAUCCUAACGGCUUCCGGAUCGUAGCGUUUGGUCAGUGGGCCGGCGUCGCAGGAAUGAUUAACAUAUUGCACGGCUUGGGGUUGCGCUUCCUGGCUCUGGGGCACCACACCCCCUUCAUGUACAUCGGCAUGGCUCACAACUACCGGAACGUCAGCCAGGCCAUCCAGGCAGUGAGGGAUUGUGGGUAUGAGAUAUCCAUGGGCUUCAUGCCCAAAUCUAUCGGCCCUGUGACGUUUUGUUUCACCGGUACCGGCAACGUCUCCAAGGGAGCCCAAGACAUCCUUAACGAGCUACCUGUUGAAUAUGUUGAACCUCACGAGUUGAAGGCCGUCUCGGAAACAGGAGAUAUGAACAGAGUGUACGCCACUGUUCUGAGCCGACAUCACCACCUGUGCAGGAAGAGCGACGGCAUAUACGACCCCAUGGAGUACGAGCACCACCCGGAACUUUACACCUCGCACUUCAGGACCAGUGUGGCGCCCUACACAACCUGUCUGAUCAAUGGUAUUUACUGGGAGCGCCACACGCCCCGACUCCUCAGACGAUUGGACGCCCAGAAGCUGAUGAGACCGCUCCAAACCUCGGCUGCAGAAACGGAAGGAUCACCAGCGCUGCCUCACAAACUGCUGGCCAUCUGCGACAUAUCUGCCGACACUGGAGGCUCCAUAGGCUUCAUGAACGAGUGCACCACCAUCGAUAAGCCUUUCUGUAUGUACGACGCCGACCAGCACAUCGAUCACGACAGCUACUUCAACAAAGUUACCGUGGAGGGAAACGGGAUCCUCAUGUGCUCCAUCGACAACCUGCCCGCUCAGCUCCCCAUCGGAGCCACAGAGUACUUUGGAGACCGACUCUUCCCCUACAUCUGGGAGAUGCUGCCCUCAGACGCCACCAGACCGCUGGAGGAAGAGGACUUCAGCCCGCAAGUCAGAGACGCUGUCAUCACCUCAAACGGAGUCCUCACCCCAAAGUUUGAAUACAUUGAAAAACUUCGAGAAAAGAGGGAGAAGGCACAGAUCAUGAAGAAGGCUGGGAUGAAGAGAGUUCUGCUGCUGGGUUCAGGAUACGUCUCGGGACCCGUCGUUGAGUAUUUGACUCGUGACGAGAAGACCCAGGUCACUGUUGCGUCGGUGAUGCUGAGGCAGGCAGAGGAGCUGGCAGCCAAAUAUCCCAACACUAUUCCCGUCAUGCUGGACGCCGGCAGCCAGGAAGGACACCUGGACUCUCUGGUCAAAGAUCACGACUUGGUCAUCAGCAUGCUGCCAUACUCUCUUCACCCGCUCAUCGCCAAACACUGCAUCAAGAGGAAGGUAAACAUGGUGACAGCCAGCUACCUGAGUCCUGCCAUGAGGGAGCUGCAGAGCAGUGCGGAGGAGGCGGGCAUCACCAUAGUGAAUGAGAUGGGACUGGACCCAGGUAUCGAUCACAUGCUGGCCAUGGAGUGUAUCGACAAGGCCAAAGCCGACGGCUGCACCGUGGAGUCCUACAGCUCGUUCUGCGGCGGCCUUCCUGCUCCCGAGUGUUCAGACAAUCCUCUUCGCUACAAGUUCAGCUGGAGUCCGUACGGCGUCCUCCUCAACACCAUCAGCCCCGCCAUCUUCCUCCGAGACAACGAGGUGGUGAGCAUCCCGGCUGGCGGGUCUCUGAUGGAGUCCAGCAUGCCGAUGGAUUUCCUUCCUGGUUUCAACCUGGAGGCCUUUCCAAACCGUGACAGCACAACGUACGCCGAGCCUUACGGCAUCCAGACAGCACACACACUGAUCAGAGGAACACUCCGCUUCAAGGGCUUCACAAAGGCCAUGACUGGGUUUGUCAAACUGGGCCUAAUCAACAGCGAGCCCUGCCCCAUCCUGCAGCCUACUUCAUGUCCUGUUUCCUGGAAAGCGCUUCUCUGUAAGCAGAUGGGAUUGUCCUCUUCUAUUUCCCACGAUGCCUUUGAGGAAGCCGUAUAUGAACGCAUCGGAAAGGACGACUUUGUGAUGGACACCCUGAGAUGGUUUGGGAUGCUGAGCGACGAGUCGGCGCUUCACGCCGACAGCGUGCUGGCUGCUCUGGCAAAACAUCUGGAAGCCAAACUCUCCUUCGGUGAGGGUGAGCGAGACAUGAUCAUCCUGCGGAACGACGUUGGGCUUCGCCACCCAACUGGCGAGCUGGAGACCAAACACAUUAGCCUAGUGGUGUACGGCGACCCCAGCGGCUUCUCCGCCAUGGCCAAGACUGUAGGAUACCCAGCAGCCAUUGCUGCUCGCAUGGUCCUUGACGGUGAAAUCAGUACAAAGGGAAUUGUGGUUCCGUUGACGAAGGAUGUCUACGAGCCGACACUGGCCCGACUGAAGGAGGAAGGACUUAACUUCGUAUCCAAGAGCACCGUGCUGGAGUAGAGAGCAGAUCAGUAAUCACUGUAAAUGCUAUACAACAAGUCAAGAGAAAAUUGGUAAAGUCCACAUGCUGUCAGCUGCUUUUUCACUUAACUUUAUCCAAACUGGAUCUUUCGACACACUCAGACUCACCUCCGUGCCAGGGGCUGAUCAAAUUAAUAUUAGUUGUGUAAUUAAAAAAAGAUAUAUGUAAAAGGUUAAAAGGGGAAAAAGGCUAAAUACGGGAAAAAGUCAAUUGUUAUUGUUAAAAAUUGUCAAAUGUUUAAAUCAGAGUGUUAUUUUUAUUGUGUUGAAAUUUGAUCACAAUUUGGCGAUACUUUAAAACCAUGUUUGUUAGUUUUAGGUCAAAAAGCUGAAGAGGCAGCUGGUGAUCACAUUCAGUAAUCUGCAGACAUUAACAUCCUGAGUUUGGCUAAAAUAAAAUCGGUGCUAAACUGAAAUAGUUUCACCGGCAUCGACUGUUUCAGAGAAAAGUUAUUCUGUGAAGAUUUGUAAAAGGUCGACUGAUCAAACACUAUUUUAAGCAUUAGAAAUUUAAAGAAGCCCUGCCAUCGCUGCCAUUUCUCGUCUUUCUCCGUGAAAUGAAGCUGCCUUUAAGUGCGUUCGGAAAUGUCGAGAUCUAUAAACGAUCUAUAAACGAUCUGACAGAAAACAAUAAUUGUGAAAUAUAAAUAAAAAUAUAAAGUCUACUUCUGAUUCAUUGGGGGGGGGGGUUUAAGAACACAACAGGACGUCACACAAAGGGGCUAUUUAAGUGACACUCCCACCGCCGCACAACCCUACGGUGAAUUGAAUUCUGUAUUUGUGGAACCUGGAUGAAGUUUAAAGACUAAUGAGUAUUUAUGUCUGGCACCUGAGCGAUAUUUAUUUUAUUUUUGUGGGCGAUAUGGUUAUCCUGUAAACGGUUUGUUACAUGCUUUAAAUGGGUAAAAAAGAGAGAGAGGGCUGCUAUAUAUUUAAAAAAAAUACUAUAUCCAUAUUUAUACUGGAUAUGUUUCUAUGUGGAUCUCCAGAGGGUUUUAAACAGCAGCGUGUUGUUUGAUAUUUUGUUAGAUUUGUAGGUCUGGAUCUGACGUUAAAUGUUUUUACAAAUUCAGGUGCAACUAAACAAAAAUUGAGCUAAAGAGAACAGCACUUAAACACGGUAGUGAUCUGAGUAUUGGUUUAAUUUACCUCCCGGUAAAACUCCAACAUGAACACGGUUUUUAUUGUUUUGUCUUUUAAUGCUUGAGCUGACAUUUAUGAUUACAAAACACACUUGUUUGUGAAAGCUUGUUUUGAUAAAACCAUUUUUGCUUAAUAAAAGUGUAAUAAAUGUUACAUGAA